GGGGGGCGGUGCGCGCCUGCACUCGGCGGGGUUUGGUGCACAGUGUGGCAUCCCGGGCUCCUGGACGCUCUCGGCGCGUCCGCCUCCGCGCAUUGUUCUCGGGAUCAGCGGCUCCGAGUGGCGGCGGCUCGCCCAAGCCAGGUACCCCGAGACCCCGGCUCUGUGGAGGUCGUCCCUCCUUCCCCCGGGAGAGAAGAGAGAGGAAGGGCCUCCUGUGCGGAUCGCUCUAGCUGCUCACUGCGCCCCAGGGGCCGGUGCGGAUGGAGGGACUUUGGGAGCCUGGUUCCUGAGAUUGCGCUUGCUUGAGGCUGCUCCCUGGGAUUGAGAAGCAGCAGCAGCAGAUCGAGACAGGCGGAACGAAGAAGUCCUCUGGUUUCUCACUGGUGAAAAGCGUCACGCCUCCUUCCCCUAAGAAAAUCCCCUCCAAAAGGAGCGAGCGGGGAGCAAGCGAGCGCACAGACUUGUGAGCGGGCUGCUGCUGCUGGAAAGGAUUGAGUCAUCUGUCUCACCUGGUGUUUAAGGAAAACAUGCCUCAGACUCCUCCCUUUGCCGUGAUGUUUGACAGCAAUGGAUAUAACCGGCCCCUGUAUCAGUCCAAAGAAGAUAACUGUGAAGGAUUGUAUUACCAUGACAACAACUUGUUAUCAGGAUCCCUGGAAGCCCUCAUCCAGCACUUAGUGCCCAGUAUAGACUAUUAUCCAGAUAGAACAUACAUAUUCACCUUUCUACUCAGCUCUCGUUUAUUCAUGCAUCCCUUUGAACUAAUGGCCAAGGUUUGCCAUUUGUGCGUUGAGCACCAGAGGUUAAGUGAUCCCAGCUUGGACAAGAGCCAAAUUAGAAAAAUCGCACCCAAAAUUCUUCAGCUCCUGACAGAAUGGACCGAGACAUUUCCAUAUGAUUUUCGAGAUGAAAGAAUGAUGAGGAAUUUGAAAGACCUCACCCAUCGAAUAGCCAGUGGCGAGGAGACAUACAGGAAGACUGUUCAUCAAAUGAUACAAGUUCUGAUCCGAAAGCUCGCUACUCUCGGCCAGUAUGAGGAAGUACUGGCAAAAAUUAAUGCAACGUCCACAGAUCGGCUUACAGUUCUCAAAUCCAAACCUCAGUCAAUACAAAGAGAUAUAAUUACCAUCUGCAGUGAUCCUUAUACAUUGGCACAGCAGUUGACUCACAUAGAGCUGGAGAGGCUCAAUUAUAUUGGACCAGAAGAAUUUGUCCAGGCGUUUUUGCAGAAGGACCCUUUGGACAAUGACAAGAGUUGUUAUGAUGAGCCAAAAAAGACUCGAAACCUUGAAGCUUAUGUGGAGUGGUUUAAUCGACUCAGCUACUUGGUUGCCACUGAAAUCUGCAUGCCUGUGAAAAAGAAGCACCGAGCAAGAAUGAUUGAGUAUUUCAUUGAUGUAGCCCGGGAGUGUUUCAACAUUGGCAACUUUAACUCCUUGAUGGCAAUAAUAUCUGGCAUGAACAUGAGCCCUGUGUCCCGGCUAAAGAAAACCUGGACCAAAGUGAAGACUGCCAAGUUUGACAUUCUGGAGCAUCAGAUGGACCCUUCGAGCAAUUUUUAUAAUUACCGAACAGCUCUCCGAGCAGCAGCACAAAGGUCAUUGACAGCUCAGAGCAGCAGAGAGAAGAUUGUGAUCCCCUUCUUCAGUCUCUUUAUCAAAGAUAUCUACUUCCUCAAUGAGGGCUGUGCGAAUCGCCUUCCAAAUGGUCAUAUUAACUUUGAGAAAUUCUGGGAGCUGGCCAAACAAGUGAGUGAAUUUAUGAUUUGGAAACAAGUCGAGUGUCCCUUUGAGAAAGAGAGGAAGACGUUGCAGUAUCUGCUCACUGUUCCAGUCUUCAGUGAAGAUGCUCUUUACCUGGCUUCCUAUGAAAGUGAAGGCCCAGAAAAUAACACAGAAAAGGACAGAUGGAAGUCUCUAAGGUCCAGCUUCUUAGGCAGAGCUUAACGUGAGAGAGGCUGACGUCCACUGCUGUACCGCCAACCACCAUCACUGCUGUGUACUAGCUUCUUCGGGAACACAUCACGUCAUCAUUGUUGUUUUCGGCAUCCAGUGGUAGGAAAGCAAUGGGUACCCCAAACCCAGCAGACGGAAGAAGGGCUCGUGAGAAUCAAGAAAGCAAAUUCAUUUGACAACAAAGGGAGAACAGACUUCCUACAGAUGACAGAUUGAGUUAUCUUGUGUGAGACUCAGACACUGACUGAAGGCAGCUUUGACAGAAUCCUCUGAAGCUAUUGGAAUCGCCAUGCGAUUCAUCUUUCUCGGACUCUCCGUGGGAAUGAAUCAGUCUGUACUGGGGAGAGAGAGAGAGAGAGAGAGAGAGAGAGAGAGAGAGAGAGAGAGAGAGAGAGAGAGAGUGAGAGAGAAUGUGUGUGUGUGUGUAUGCCUACAUGCACCCUUUUGCGUUAUUUGGAUUGAAGAUUUGCUGCUAAUGAGACAUGCCAAGGCUCAGUGCUGACUCGUAGAAAGUUGUUCACUUAGGAACGAAAAAAAAGGACAAAGCCUCCAGUUAGGAGACCACGCUCGAUACUCCGAGAAGCUCGGCUUGAUCAGUAUUGACAGAGAAAGACUGGUCCAAUGCUGUCCACUGAGGUGGUCGCAGUCGGGUGUAUGAGGUGGUGUGUUUUUUGUGGGCUUCCCCCAUCCCCUAAGAUAUUGAGUUGGCUGCUGGUUAGCAAACUCAUUUUUACUAAUAUAAAUUAUUUAAAAUAACGAAGCUUAAUUCUGUGGCAUGGAAGAUGGCCACUAGAAAACUGUCAUUUGAAGCUGAACUAUUUGAUGUGCUAGAAAGUAGUUUUCUUUUGAGCUGUUUACAGAU